AUGGCAUCUUUAUCGAGUCUCUCCACGACGUCCCUUGACGACCAUCGUCAACACGACUGGCCUGAGCACCAUGGUCGUCGGCGCCUGAGCACCAGAAGACAACUGAUUGUCGAACGGAAGAUUCUGCGCCAGAUGACCACGCAGCUGCUUGCCAGGACUAUUUCCCGUGAAUCUUUAACCCUGCAACUGACUGAAGCCGAUGUUUGCUUCCCACUUACUCGAGAACAUCCUCAUAUUGAUUUUAAUGUUCUCGACUCAUUCAUUGCCGAAGAACGCCAGUGCAAUGUCAAACCAGUUGCAUCGAGAACGAGCUCGAAGUACCUGCCUCUGUCCGAGUCUCUCCACCUGAACAACCUUCCCACUCGGUUUUCAUUCAUGCAAGGUGACAAUGACACCACUCACUCGCACGACCUUAGCGGCCUCGUGCCCGAAGGUAAGCUGUUCAAACUGUUGUUUGCUCCCGGUAGUUCGGCUCCCUGGUGGUUGGACUGUUCUUGUCCCAAUGAUGAUGAGAUGAAAACGAUUGCCCGUGCGUUCGGUAUUCACCCGUUGACUGCUGAGGAUAUUCGUACUCAAGAACUGCGCGAAAAGGUAGAGUUGUUCCGCCAUUACUACUUUGUUUGUUUCCACACUUUUGACCAAGAUCAGGAACUGCAGGAAUAUUUGGAACCUAUCAACUUUUACAUAGUAGUAUUUGCUGAAGGCGUGCUUUCGUUCCAUUACAGCCCAGCGCCUCACCCGGUACUGGUGCGUCGUCGUAUUCGUCAAUUGAGUGACUAUGUUAAUGUACUGGCGGACUGGAUUUGUUACGCUUUGAUUGAUGACAUUGUCGAUGCUUUUGUUCCAGUUAUAGAUGCGAUUGAGUAUGAAGCAGACGCUAUCGAAGAUGCUGUAUUUGAAUUACGUGAUGUCGAUUUUGCUAAGAUGUUGGAGCGUAUUGGGGAGCUGCGUCGGAAAGUAAUGUUGUUAAUGCGCUUACUCUCUAACAAGGCCGAUGUAAUCAAGAUGUUUGCUAAGCGGUAUCAAGAAAAGCAACACUUCUGGCACCAGGAUCAGCUAACCAUGCAUCGGGGAGAGAUUGCUCUUUACUUGGGCGAUAUUCAGGAUCAUGUCCUUACAAUGUUCCAAAACCUUAACUCGUAUGAAAAAAUCUUCAGUCGGUCACACUCCAACUACUUGGCUCAGUUGCAAGUCAUGUCAUUCAACGCCAAUAAGAGGAUUAAUGAAUUGUUCUCUCAAAUUACUUUGAUUGGGACAAUCCUUGUGCCCCUCAAUCUUGUUACCGGCUUAUUUGGUAUGAAUGUCACUGUUCCUGGUGAAGCUACUGGUCUGCUUAAUUGGUGGUUUGGGAUCAUGGCUGUGUUGAUUGCAAUCAUGCUUGUUUCGUUCAUUGGUGGUCUGUAUUGGCUUAACACUGGCGUCGACACUUUGGGUCAGCCUGAACCGACGCACCGGAGAAUCAUGCGCCGGGGUUUGGGUGCCGAAGUUAAGCUGAUUAUUCUGCUGUGGACUAACGAUGAUUAA